CAGUCAUUCCAUCAAAUUUUGAAUACAUUUGAUUGUGUCCUCUGUUAUUGUUGGUUUCCUUCUUAGACGCUGAAGUUGAUUCAUGGUAGUGAUGCGCUAUUGACUUUUGUAGGAGAAAUGGGCCCAGAGUUUAGCCCAAAAAUGGCUGCCAAGUCUCUGACAUCUCAACAAAUAGUUCGCAUCCAUCAGUUGUUUCGUCAAGCUAAGUUUGAUGACCCUAGUGGUGAUUGUCUUAGUCCUGCAGGCGAAUACAAUCUUCGUCUUGGCAUUAUAAAGGAGCUGCAUCCAGACAUUGUUGCAACUUAUUCAGGCAGUGCUCAAGUAUUUGAAGGCCACCCAUUCAUUGUGGAAGCUGGUGUCAGUGUGGGAGGAAAAGAUGUUAAGCAUGGUUUGAACAUAUUCCGAUUUGCAAACCGCAUUCCACUUCUUUUUGAGCAAGGUGCUGAUGUUGUCACCAGGACUGCCCUUAAGAGAAUCAAUUGGAGUAGUUACAAGAUCAAUCAUACACAGGAUAAAAUUGGUGUUUUUGUGAGCGUUGUGAGCACAAAAAUCCCCUUUAAAGGCACAGGGAAAGAGUAUAUUGGAGAUGACAUAAGUGAAAUAGCUACUGCUGUCAAGUCUGCUAUUCAGCAAUGUUGCAUCCAGCUAAAAUCCAAAAUAAUGAAGAAGAUGCAGGCACGGGAGCAGCAGGAGAGAAAACGAAAUUUAAACAGGUAUAUCCCUGAUGCUACAGGUGCUGUGUAUGAUGUUUUGAAAGAUAUGGCACAGUCUCAUGUAUCAAAGAAGAAGCGUUAUGAUGAUGAGGAUGCUGAACUAUUAAAGAAAGUCUCUUCUCGUUUGAUUACAAAAGAAACAUUAAGGGAAAAGCUCGCUCAACAUGUUGAGCAGGUGGACUAUGAGAUGGCAUUGGAGUAUGCUACACAGAGUGGAGUGAGUGAAGAACCCAGAGAAGCUAUGUAUAUACAGUCACUGGAAGCUGAAAAUAAGUUCAUUGACUUACAUAGUCCCAUCUUUGUUUUUAGACUCUUCCAGUAGUCAUUUCUUGCUAACCUUUAACCUUUUUUUAGUUCUGUAAGGUAGCCAAAGAAAAUUCAUUAUUGUCUUCAUACAGGUCACUCUCAUCAACUAUUUUUCUUGUAUCAAAUUAUUAAAAGAAAUAAAAUUAAAUGUUGGAGACC